CUGAGUGAACAAGAGGCGGGGAGCGCUAGGUUUGACUAAUUGUGUUUUAAAGUGGGUCUUGUAGCACACAAUGGGGAAUGGGAUGGUUUUUAGCUCCCCUGUGAAGCACCAGAGGAUGAGAAAGUUGUCAGAUUUGUAGGUCAGGCUGCAGGGGUUGGUGUUAGGCAGACUCAGAGCAGCAGCAAUGAUGGUGUUUUAAUUGUGAUUUCACAUAGUGAUGGUGUCUUACUACUCUUUUCCACAACUCUGUCUACAUUACAACAACGGGAGGAGUCAUAUCCCCCCUUCUAAUAGUGUCACUUGUUGCUGAUGCAUUUUAAGACAGUUACAACAUGACCCUCCUCUCUAGUACUGUAUAUGGAUUGUCUUUCCAGCAAUGAAGUUAGUUUUGUUUCCUUGCAGUGUGCCAUUCCUUCUCUUCUGCAAUACUGUGAUAAAGAUCUUAAUUGAUUUCAUCGUUUUAGAGAGAAUAGCAGGAGUGUUUCCUACUCCCAUCUGGUGCUCAUCAGAGCCUGACCCGGUUAUGGUGUGCUACGUGAGCAUGUGUGGCUCCAGAGGGACCUGUCCCUUCCUUGUGCUGAUACAGGGAUGUAGAAGGAGGUCACCAGCAGCCCACCACAACCCAGCCCACCACAGCCCAGCUCACUACAGCCCAUCCCAUCCCAGCCUGCUCCACUCCUGUUUGCAGUGCUUACAAUUCCCUCCUACAUUGUAGGUCAUUCGGCCUCUCCUUCCAUUUUGGGAAGGGCUUCCGGGGAUAUUUCGCCCUAGAAAAAAAAUAAUUAUCGUAUCUCCCUAAUUCCCAAUUAUUAUGCACAGGCUUAUUUAAGAAAAAGGAUUAUAUGUUUUGUGUGUUAGAGAGGAUGGAUUUGAAUUUGACACUCCUCUACGUCUGGUCUGUGAGGAGUCCUACGCACAGAUGAACCAGGAGAGGAGAGGAGAGGAGAGCUCAGCUCGCAGGCUGUCAUGUAAGCCAUAUUCUCUGGGGCCACCUCUUGGUGCACGUUGCUUCCUGCCGCAGGUAAAAGCGUCAGUGUGAGUGCUGCUUUGCUGUGUGUGAGCGUCAGGCUGUGCUGUCCUCUCCCUCCCACAGCGAGAGCAGCUCUGCUGGGUACCAGCUCCACCAUUCACCAGAGGACACAUUACCCCAGUGCUGACAUGGAGAAGCGUUGCUCAGAGUGCCCAGAGCCCAGGCUAGCCCAGAGCCUGUGUACAUUCUGCAACAAGUGGCUGUGCUACCAGUGCACAGACAUGCACCAGCACCAGAGAGCCACCCCUCAGUGCUCAGACCUGCACCAACACCAGAAGCCCACUACCCAAUGUGUCGACCUGCACCAAAGGGACCAGAUGGCCCCCAGCUCCCUGCCUCCACCCGAACCAGGCCCUGGCUCGUGUGGCCGCCCCCUCCUCAUGUGCCACUCUCACAGACAGGAGCCCUUGGAGCUCUUCUGCGAGUCCUGUGACCUCAUGUGCUGCAGCAGCUGUCACCUGUCCGCCCACAAGAACCACAGGCUGGUGCACAUUGGAAAGGCCCUGCAGGACCAACAGUGGCAGUUUGAGAGCCUGAUGGCUCAGGUGGAGGAGAGGAGGUCUGCAGUGGAGAGCACAGCCAAACAGAUAGAGGACAGGCUGCACGGUGUAAAGAUCACGCAGAGGAAGGCUGAGAACCAGAUUAAAAUGGCAAAGAUGAUUAUGAUGAAUGAGCUGAACAAACGGGCCAACCUAUUAAUAGAGCAACUGGAGAAGAUCUCGGAGGACUUCCAGCGGCGUCUGGAGGACCAGCUGCAGGGGGAGAUAGAGAUGUGCAGCCAGCUGGACCACGUGCAGAACUUCAUCAGCUGGGCAACGGCCCACCACCUCAAGAACCCACUGCUCUUCAGCAGGGAGCUGAUUUCUCUCCAGAUGCAGCGCCUGCUUGAACCCCCACUACACUCAGACGCCUGGCUCCCUGUGAAGAUUAAGUUCAACUGGGAUGCCAGCUACUGGACUAAGCAGAUCUCAACUUUGGGUCAGCUCACUGCAGAGGGGGGAAAUCACUCCUACUCUGAGGGCGUGGCCUUCCCCAGCAUCCUGAGGCCCCAGCCUAUCACCUGCUUGUCCCUGCCAUCUGUGUGCCAUGGAGGGCGGGAGCAGAGCUGUGCCUUCCAGGCCUGCUGUCAGCCCCAGAUGUGCUGCCUCCACUGCAUACCCCCACAGCCAGCUGUGCAGCUGGACAAGACCCAGCGGGAACCCAACCCCUACUCCGCCAGGUGUGCCCAGUCCACCCUCAGCUCUCCUUCCCUGGCCCUGCAUCAGAGUCAGCUGCUAAGGUGCUGGGGCCCUGACAGUCCUCCAGGUCCACCAGCUGUGGUGCCCUCCUCCAUGCAGCGUCCCCAACAGCCAGCGCAUCUCCCGGCUGCUGACCCAGGCCUGCUCAGCUCCAGCUCCAACAGUGGAGGUCUUGGACUCCAGACCCUAGUCACAGCCCUCUACCAGCCUCAGAUUCAGCCGCUUCCCGACACUCAUGCACAGCCAGCCACAGAUGGGGCCAGAGAAGGCCAGAGCCAGCAGGCCAGCAGAGAGAGAGAGCAGACUCCUGGGCAGACAGCUGUGGACAGAGAGGUGUUGACAGAGCAGAUCCAGGAGGGGAGCAGGGAGAAGACACAUGUACAGACAGCUGUGGACAGAGAGGUGUUGACAGAGCAGAUCCAGGAGGGGAGCAGGGAGAAGACACAUGUACAGACAGGGGUGGACAGAGAGGUGCUGACAGACGGGAUCCAGCAGGAGCAGCAGCAGCAGCAGCAGCAGCAGCUCCUGGCUCCCCUAGUGGCCGAACUGACAGUGGAGCAGCAGGAGGAAGAGCAGCAGGAGGCCAGGACUACACAGCCAUCCAGAGACUGCAGAGAUGGCAGGAGAUCCACUUCACUGGAGAUGUCUGUGACGACCCAUGGGUUCAGUGUUGAUGCUCAGAGCAGCAGGCCCAGCUCACUGUGUGGGAGGAAGAGUCGAUCCCAGAGCAUCCCACCAGAACUGGCAGGCCCCUCCAACAGCCCCUCCACAGAGAGGCCCCUGGGGGCCACCCACAGCUUAGCAACAGCAACAGCAGCCGUGGAACGGGGACGCAUGGCAGACCAGCAUGGUUUUAUGGAUCUCAGGCGGAGGAGGCUGUCUUCUGAUGGAGUGAUACGAUCUGUGGCCUCCUUGGAGAGGUCCUUAGCCACUCCUCCCUCCAGAGGCCAGCCCAGCCUAUGCCUGUCGCCUUUGACCAUCUACAAGACAGAGCCUGAUUAUGUCUAUGCAUAUGAUGAGACUGGGCAUGACGUCAAAGGAAAAUGCAGAAUACCAAGAAAGACUCCAGACAACAGUGACAGAGAGGUUCAGAAGGAACCUGGGAGUUCCAGUUCCAAGGUUCCAGUGGUGUGUUUGGAAAGGCUGAAGAUCCUGGUGUCUCGGAUCCCACCACAGGGGCGGCGACAGAGUGACCCUCUGCCAGGCACUGCAACAGAAAGGACCGGACCUGUUCCACAGAGGGGAUGGAAGGACAAGAUGAAUGAGGGAAUAUCAAAAGAAGCCAAGGUCGCAACGGUCAGCCCGUCUCUGGAUAAACAAUACUCAGAGAGACACACUAUCAAUCAAUCUCUCCCACCUUCAGUAAUCAAUGAUUGGCCUGAGCAUGGAGGACACAGUCCUCACAAAGAGCUCACACUGCAAGUACCCGCCACUGAUCUUGUAUCACCUCCACCUUUCGCUGCACCUGACCUCGACUCUGACUCAGAUCCCAGGUCAAUCUCAGAAAUUGUUUCUGACCCUGAACUGGACUCGGACCCACAACCAGAAUCGGAUCCCCAGCAAGAGUCUGACCCACAACCAGAAUCUGACCCACAAGCUGAGUCUGCAUCGGAGGCUGAUCUGGAAUCAGUUGCUGAUGAGGAAUCUCCUGCUACAGAAUCUGAACCUAGUGUGGAAUCAGAACCUAGUGUGGAAUCAGAACCUAGUGUGGAAUCAGAACCUAGAGGGGAAUCAGAAGGUAGUGAAGAAUCAGAGAAUGGUUUAGAAUCAGAGAAUGGUGAAAACCUGGAUGCUGAUGCGGAAUCAGAGGCUGAUAUAGAAUCGGAUCUCCAACCUGAUCCUGGCUCAGACCCCCGUUUUCCAUCUGAAACACGUCCGGGAUUAGAUUCAGACCUGGAAUCAGACUGUGCACAACCCCCUGAAUCACAAGGGUCUGCAGAAUCUGGACCAGAUCUUGAAUCGGAGCCAGACUCAGCCCCUGACCCAGCCUCUAUCAGUCCUGACCCAGCCUCUCUAAGUCCUGAACCAGGAGUGGAGUCCCCUCCAGCCCAGAGGGCCCUGCAUGCAGACCCUGGUCCACAGAGGCAUUGUGAAGGAGCCGAGCAGGCCCUGCCUGGGGAAGAGACCAUGGAGAUGGAGAGUGAAGACUUCUGUGCAGUGUGUCUGAUCGGAGGAGACCUUCUGUGCUGUGACCACUGUCCCAAAGUCUUCCACCUGUCCUGCCAUGUGCCCACUCUCCUCAGCUUCCCCACGGGUGACUGGGUGUGUACCUUCUGCAGAGAUAUCCAGCAGCCAGAGGUGGAGUAUGACUGUGAGAACCAGAGGCUGGCUGCAGAAUGUUCAGGAAAGCCAUUGCCUCAUGGGCUCUCUGCUUGUGACCAGAGAAAAUGUGAGAGGUUGACUCUGUUGAUCUGCAGCAACAUGUUAAGUGCUCCCUUCCAUGAGCCGGUCAGUCCACUGGCUCGCCACUACUACCAGAUAAUCAAAAGGCCCAUGGAUCUGUCUGUGAUCAGGGCCAAACUCAGCAAGAGGAGCACUCACCACUACUAUUCACCUGAGGAGUUUGUGGCUGAUGUCUCCCUCAUGUUCAGGAACUGUGCAAAGUUCAAUUAUCCGGACUCAGAGGUGGCCCAGGCAGGUCGCAGCCUGGAGACGUUUUUCAGCUCCAGACUCAGGGAGGUGUUCCCAGACAGGGCCUUCCCUGCAGCCGAGGAGGACUCCGACAGCGAUGAGUACGACGAGGUGUACAGAGCAGCCGAAGGAGGCUUCCCCUGGCCAGAGAAGAGAGAGCAGUGCCACAGAAAGAGGAAGAGGAGGCACUCUCUCAACUGGAGGAAGCAUAACUUCUAGUUGUAGGCAGUGGGGCAGAGCCUAUCACUGGCUAUUUUGAAGGACAGUAUGACAUGAUAUUGCACUGGACGUUUCCAUCCAAGAGAGGAAGCUGAGUUUUUAUGAAGGGAUUGUACAUAUUUACAUUUUGAGAAUUGUACUUCUUCAUUAUAAAGGUUAUCUGCUCUUAAUUUGGCCUGAUAUUUGUGUAAAAUAUUAUUGUAUAACUAUAAUCUGACUUACAUCUUUAUACUUAUUAUGCCUUUAUAAACUGCAUUUCUGGUAUUUGUUUUUUGUUUCAGAUAUAUUUGGAGAUUCUACCUAUAUUUGUAGAUUCUCCAUCAUAUAUACAGCAAAACCUACAAGGUCAGUAUUGAUAAAUGGUAAACAUAUUUAUAAAUGUUAAACUCUACAUUAUCUUGUUUUAUAUAUUAAUAUUGAAUGUUUUUAGUGGCUAAAUGAUUGCAGGAAAUUAGUAAAUACAGACUAUUAAUGUUAAUAUUUCUGUCUUGCAUUUUAUAUGUAUAUAUAAUAUAUAAUAUGUCUCUCUGUCCUAUAUGCACAUAAAGUACAGUAUAGAAUGUUAUGUAUGGCCUCCCUUUUUUUACGGUAAUGAUUUGAGUGACUGACAGAGGGCGCCCUAUCUUCAGCAGCAAUGACUGAGAACAAAGGUUAAGGUUAAGGUUAAGUUCAUAUUGAACCAAGGGGGUAUUCAAAGAAGAUUAAGAUAAAUAUAAAAAUGAACAUACCUUUAGUUGAAAUUUCCACAAUAGUAUUGCAAGGCACGUAUGCUUUAAAUUUGCAUUUAUUCAAUCCUAAUGAAAUUCUACUUCAUUAGUAUAAGGCCAGUAUUAAUAAUGAUUAUUUCUCAGGCUUAAUGGAAGUAGAAGGUAUGUGAUCCAGUGUGAAUAAGUAGAAAGACCUGGAGAAAUUAAGAGAGACUUAAGAGUAAUGUUAUGUUAUUUCAACAUUCUGUAGUUUCUAUGUAGAAUGUACAUGUUACUUUUUCAUUUAUGUAAAAUGGCUGCUGCAAUACAGUAGAGCUGGCUGUAUUUUUUUAAAGGUUGCUGCAAAUUAAUAGCUGAAAUUAACUGUCGGAUCAAGCUAAGUUUGCUAUUUGAAUAAACAAAUGGACUUAAAACGAUUGUAGGUAUUUUUUUCUCUGUAGUAUGUCAUUUGGACUUAUCAAUAUGGAAUAUCUCUGCUUCCAUCUCUAAUAUUGAAUCCUAAAAGCUACAAAGACCCUCUCAGAGUUAGCUGGUAUCAAGAAAUGUCAAUUUAAUAAAGAACAGUUGAAAAGUG